CGAUUUUGAGACCACAUGUCUAUUUUGGAGAAACUUCCAAAAUGCUUCAUUUGAAAGAGAGAGCCUGUAAAAAAAACAUUACCUACAAUAUUUUGAGUGUUUAUUUAUUCAAUUUUAAAUAAUAUCUGUGGGUGUUUCAUUCUUGGACUGAUGGUUGGUUUGGAAAUGGGAAAGAGUUAAAGUUUGAGUGACAGGGAGUCGUGUGCCCAAAUAGAAGUUGCAGUCCAAGAGAAGGUGAUUGGCAUCCCAGCUUGCAUUUUCCAGCUUUUAAUGGCACUGGAGAGUGAUGGCUUGCUUUUCAAAACAAUGGAGAAAACUUGAAGAAAAAAGUGGAAGGGUUUGAAAAGUGCUUUUGGAGGAAGCAGAAAAGGGGGUAUUAUCAAAUUAAUCCAAAAAUGCCAACAGUGUGGUUUUCUCUGAAGAAAUCUCUUCACUGCAAAUCGGAGCCAUCAGAUGUUCAUGAUCCAAGGGGAAGGAAGCAACUGAGCACAAUCUCGACUAGAAAAGCAGGAGGAGGAAGAUCAGGGUGCUCAAGAUCCAUAGCAAAUCUCAAGGAUGUGAUUCACGGGAGCAAGAGGCAUAUGGAAAGGCCACCAAGUAAUUGCAGCCCAAGAUCCAUUGGAAGCAGUGAGUUUCUCAACCCGAUAACACAUGAAGUAAUUUUGAGCAACUCAAGGUGUGAGCUGAAAAUCACCACCAGCCUUGGUGGCUUCCAGGACGGAGUUGGGGGUGGAAAUGCCAACAAUGGCAGCGGUGGUGGCAGUGUCGGUGGUGGUUCAACUUUUGUGGAUACCCUAAAGCCAGGCACACCUGGUCCUGGUGGGCACCCUACAAUGCACUACUUCAAUCCAUCUUUUAGGCCUUCCUCAACUCCUCCAAGAAAAAGCCAUUUUCUGGCUUCUGCAGAGAGUACAGAAGGGUCUGCUGGCUUUAAGGGUUCUGCUAUUUCUGGAAGUGCUGGUGGAAUUAGACAAAGCAAUAGGAUUUCAUUUGACACAGAAAAUUCUAACGGCUCUUCUGCAAUUACUUGCCACAAAUGUGGAGAGCGUUUCACCAAAUGGGAUGCUGCUGAAGCUCACCAUCUCUCUAAACAUGCUGUUACUGAGCUCGUGGAAGGUGACUCAUCUCGAAAAAUCGUGGAGAUAAUAUGCCGGACAAGUUGGUUAAAAUCCGAGAACCACUGCGGCCGCAUUGAGAGAGUGCUCAAAGUCCACAACAUGCAAAGGACCCUAGCGCGAUUUGAAGAGUAUCGAGAGAUGGUGAAGACCAAAGCCAGCAAGCUGCCCAAGAAGCACCCUAGGUGCAUUGCUGAUGGGAAUGAGCUCUUGAGGUUUUAUGGCACCACUGUGGCCUGCUGUCUCGGCCUAAAUGGAUCCUCGAGCCUUUGCGCGUUGGAGAAAUGCAGCGUUUGUAGGAUCAUACGUAACGGGUUCUCUGCGAAAAAGGAGCUCAAGGAAGGUGUUGGUGUUUUUACAACAUCUACAAGUGGAAGAGCUUUUGAAGCAAUUCAAAUAUUGGAGGAAGAUGCAACUCUAAGGAAGGCUUUGAUAGUGUGCAGAGUAAUUGCUGGGAGAGUGCAUAAGCCAUUGGAAAAUAUUCAGGAAAUUGCUGGGCAAACAGGGUUUGAUUCAUUGGCUGGAAAAAUGGGGCUUUAUUCUAACAUUGAAGAGCUUUAUCUGCUAAAUCCUAGAGCUCUCCUUCCCUGCUUUCUGGUCAUCUGCAAACCUUGAAGAUUCUUUUCAUCUUUUUUUCUUUUGGAGGAGGAGGAAAAAAUAGCUCAGUAAAUCUGUUCUCUUCAGUUGGUGUUUGGAAAGUUGGAGCAUAUAAAAAAAUGUGCUUUUGAGUGAAAAAUUAUUCCUUAGUUAA